AUGAUUCAUAAAUAUGGUUAGAUUGUGACUGAGUUUAUUCUAUCAGGAUUUUCUGCACAAUGAGAACUCCAAAUUUUCUUCUUUGUGGCAUUUUCCUUGAUCUAUGGUACUAGCAUUCUCAUUGUGAUCACAGUGACAUUUAUUUCCACCCUUUAUUCUCCCAUUUACUUCCUUCUUGGAAAUCUCUCCUUUUUGGACAUGUGUCUGUCCACUGCUGCAACACCCAAGAUGAUUGUAGACUUGCUUGCUGAACACAAGACUAUCUCCAUUUGGGGCUGCAUGGCCCAGAUGCUUUUCAUGCACUUCUUUGAGAAUGCAGAGAUGGCACUUUUGACAGUCAUGGCCUGCAGAUACAUAGCCAUAUGUAAACCCCUAUUCUACAGCACUGUCAUGAGCUACAGGUUGCUUAGUGGGUUUAUGAUAUUUUCAUGGACAACUGGUUUUUUACACACAAUGAGCCAUAUGGUAUUAAUAGGACUAUCCUUCUGUGGCUACAAUGUUGUAGACAGCGUAUUUUGUGACCUUUCACUAGUGAUACUUGCUUGUGCUGAAACAUAUAUCCUGGAGUUAUUUGUUAUUGCUGACAGUGGGUUAUUUUCUUUUAUCUCUUUCAUCAUGUUACUUAUUGCUUAUAUUGUCAUUCUGAUUACUGUCCAACAAAGAUCAUCUGGAGGGCUCUCCAAAAAUUUCUCCACUUCUGCUCACAUCAUUGUGGUCACUCUGUUUUUUGGAUCCUGCAUCUUUAUUUAUGCCUGGCCAAUCAGUAGUUUUGCAAGCAAUAAGACCCAAGCUGCAUUUUACACUGUUAUCACACCCUUACUGAGUCCUAUUAUUUACACAAUGAGAAGACAGAAAAUGCAAGAGGCCAUGAGAAAAUUACUUUUCCAACAUAUUAGAGUCACAUGGAACUUCCAGAUUUUGCACUAUGUAAUUAAUGCAACUUUCAUAAAACUAUGGCAAAAUUGA